AUGUGGAUGUGUGGCAAUCACAAGUGCACCACAACAGACCCUUCGUCUUCUCCCAGUAUGGUCCCAACUCUGAACCCCAGUUUUUCCCCCACUGCCCUCCCCAGCAGCAACCCAUCAAAAAGCCAUCCUUGGCCCUUCACCAGUCCAAGCCUUAGUCCAUCUACCGCACCAAGUGUCACCCCCACUGCCCUCCCUAGCGGCAGUCCAUCAAAAAGUCCAUCAUUUGGCCCUUCACCAAUCCCAAGCCACAGUCCAUCUUCUCUACCCAGUAUUGCCCCAAGUAGCAGUCCAUCAACAGCUCCAUCCUCUACACCAACAGCACCAACAGCAGCUCCUACAACCACAGAGUCUUGCUUGUUUGAAUGCUGUCAAGAAUUCCCGGAACAUGAAGGUUCCUGCAUCCAUGAAUGCUCCCAGUACACCUCCUUUUCCUUCAUUCCUGUUCCACUUGAGUCAUGCAUUCAAAGCUGUGGUUGUGAGCAGACCAUUCUCAGUCCUGCCCAGGCGCCAACUUCAGCACCAACAACUAUAUCAAAUUGCUUGACCAGUUGUUACUUUGACAAUUUUCCACCAGAAUUCAAUGGAUUCUUCAUCUCUGAGUGUUCUGAGUACAUUGCGGAGAACUUUUUUGAUGAGCCUCUGACAAGUUGCUUUGAAGAUAGAUGUGGAUGUGUGGCAAUCACAAGUGCACCAACAACAGACCCUUCGUCUGCUCCCACUUUGGCUCCAUCCGGAAACCCAACUGUUGCUCCAUCAGAUUCACCAACCCAAGCGCCAUCCAAGAGCCCCACUACUCCUCCAACAACGUCCCCAAGUCUUUCUCCAAGCAAUUCACCAACAAAGAACCCCACUUCUCCUCCAACUGAUGCGCCGACUCAGACACCCACUAAUGACCCAAGCAGUGCCCCCACCAAAGCCCCCACCAAUGCUCCCACUCAGACACCCACCCGAGCUCCAACUGAGCCACCCACGCCACCCCCAACAGAAGUGCCCUCUCCAAGUCCAACUUCUGAGUUGACGUUCGAGGGUUCAGAUUUUCUAGCCUGAGAUCAUUCAAGUUUGUAAAUGUAUAGAUAUAGAAGCCUAAGCAAUAGACAUUCCUAUAAGACAGUUAAUUAAUGUUUCCACAUACAUGUAAAUCAAAGCAAGCCACAGCAAUACUCGUACACAUU